AGUGUUGGACAGACUGGAAGCUAGGCCGGCUGCGCGCUGCCGAGGCACUAGUGGCACGAGUGUCGACAUGAGUUGAUGACAGACCUGCCCCGCGGGAGUUUCUAGUCCAGUUUUUUUUUUUUUAGUUAGUUGUUCGGGGGCGCGUGCGGGGGGGAAGUUGUCGAGUGCGGUCCAGUGGAUUACCGUGACGCGACCACGGAGUGUUCACGCAACUGCGGAAAGGAGGCUUCGGUUGACAGAGGGCUUUACUGCAAGGGUCAAGAUGGCGCCGACAGCAGGUCUUACAAAGGUUGGCAGCAGCGCAGGAGGCGGCGGCCCAGCAGCAGCGGGCUGGUCGUGACUGCUCGCCCUCCGCAGGCCGCAGCAUGGGGUCCCGAGCACAGCAGGACUCUGCGGGCACCAAGGGACCCACCUCGCUCUUCCUCUUCAGCGAGGAGAACCCCAUCCGCCGCUACACCAGGUUCAUCAUAGAGUGGCCUCCGUUCGAGUAUGCUGUGCUGCUCACCAUCAUCGCCAACUGCGUGGUGCUGGCGCUGGAGGAACAUCUGCCCUGCAAGGACAAGACCAUUCUGGCGCAGAAACUGGAAAAAACGGAGAUCUAUUUCCUGGGGAUCUUCUGUAUAGAAGCUUCCCUCAAGAUCUUAGCUCUAGGUUUUGUACUGCACCCUAAAUCGUAUCUGCGGAAUAUUUGGAACAUGAUGGAUUUCGUUGUAGUUGUAACUGGGUCCAUGACGCUCUUCGCCGAGUCGAACGUCGACUUGGAUCUUCGGAUGCUGCGCUCUUUCCGCGUGCUGAGACCUCUCAAACUGGUCUCGAGAAUUCCAAGCCUGCAGGUGGUGCUCAAGUCCAUAAUAAAGGCGAUGGCGCCGUUGCUGCAGAUUGGCCUGCUCGUCUUGUUCGCCAUCGUCAUUUUCGCCAUCAUCGGGUUGGAGUUCUACUCUGGGGCCUUACACAUGACGUGCUAUAGGAUAGACAACUUAAAGGAAAUAGUGAAGGAGGGAGACAUAGCGACCCCCUGCAUCAUCCCCGAUGUCGAGGGCAAAAUCCCCGACGGGGCCAACCCGUGCCAGGUGAAUGUUUCUGUUUGCCAUCCUGGCUGGGAGGGCCCCAACUUCGGCAUCACGUCCUUCGACAACAUCGGCUUCGCCAUGCUCACCGUGUUCCAGUGCAUCACCAUGGAGGGCUGGACCGCCAUUCUGUACUGGACGAACGAUGCCAUGGGGAGCAAUUUUAACUGGAUAUAUUUUGUGCCCCUGAUCGUACUAGGUUCCUUCUUCAUGCUCAAUUUAGUUCUUGGUGUUCUUAGUGGAGAGUUUGCGAAAGAGAGAGAGAAGGUGGAGAACCGGCAGACGUUCCUGAAGCUGCGGAGGCAGCAGCAGCUGGAGCGCGAGCUCAACGGCUACGUGGAGUGGAUCUGCAAGGCGGAGGAGGUUAUCCUUGCAGAAGAAAGAACAACAGAGGAAGAGAAAAUGCACAUAAUAGAAGCGAGGAGGAGAGCCGCGGCGAAGCGGAAAAAAUUAAAAAACUUGGGGAAAAGUAAAAGCACGGAUACCGAAGAGGAGGAGGGGGAAGAAGAAGACGAAGAUGGUUUUUCUCGAGCUUCCUAUUUGAAAUCAAAAGUGAAAAACAAAGGAGCCUGUGUACAUUUCUGGAGAGCGGAGAAGAGGUUCAGGUUCUGGAUCCGUCACAUGGUAAAAACGCAAGGUUUUUACUGGUUCGUCAUCGUGCUAGUGUUUCUCAAUACGAUGUGCACGGCUGUCGAACACUACGGCCAGCCAGAUUGGCUGACAAAGUUCUUAUAUAUCGCAGAGUUUGUGUUCCUCGGCCUGUUCAUGAUGGAGAUGUUCAUCAAAGUGUACGCGCUGGGGCCGCGCAUCUACUUCGAGUCGUCGUUCAACCGCUUCGAUUGCGUCGUGAUCUGCGGCUCGAUUUUCGAAGUGAUAUGGACCGCGGUGAAGCAGGCCUCGUUCGGCCUGUCGGUCCUCCGUGCGCUGCGCCUGCUAAGGAUAUUCAAGGUCACAAAGUACUGGUCGUCGCUACGCAACCUCGUAAUCUCGCUCCUCAACUCGAUGCGGUCCAUCAUCUCCCUGUUGUUCCUGCUCUUCCUGUUCAUCCUGAUCUUCGCGCUGCUCGGCAUGCAACUGUUCGGCGGGCAGUUCAACUUCGAGGAGGAGACGCCACCCACCAACUUCAACACCUUCCCCAUCGCGCUGCUCACAGUCUUCCAGAUACUGACCGGCGAGGACUGGAACGAGGUGAUGUACCAGGGCAUCCGGUCGCAAGGCGGCAACAGCAGCGGCAUGAUCUACUCGCUGUACUUCAUCAUCCUGGUGCUGUUCGGCAACUACACGCUGCUGAACGUGUUCCUGGCCAUCGCGGUGGACAACCUGGCCAACGCCCAGGAGCUCACCGCGGCCGAGGAGGAGCAGGAGGAGGAGGACAAGGAGAAGCAGCAGCAGGAGCUGGAGAAGGAGAUGGGCGUGCUGGUGAUGUCCGGCAGCGGGUCGCCUCCGAAGGUCGAGAUAUCACCCCCCUCCCCCACCCACAACUUUAAGGGCAAGUCGAAUCACAAGGAGGAAGAGAAGAAAGCAGAUGAGGAUGAAGAUAUGGCAGGACCAAAACCAAUGUUGCCAUACUCAUCCAUGUUCAUCUUCUCACCAACCAAUCUGGUGCGGAAGGGAGCGCACUUCGUGGUGAACAUGAAGUACUUUGACUUCUUCAUCAUGGUGGUGAUCAGCCUGAGCAGCAUCGCGCUGGCCGCAGAGGACCCCGUCCAGGAGGAGUCCCCCAGGAACACCGUGCUCAUGUACUUCGACUACGCCUUCACCGGGGUCUUCACCGUCGAGAUGAUCCUCAAGAUCCUCGAUCUGGGAAUCAUCCUGCAUCCAGGAUCGUACCUCCGCGAGUUCUGGAACAUCAUGGAUGCCGUGGUGGUGAUCUGCGCUGCCGUGUCUUUCGCUUUCGACAUGAGCGGGAGCAAGGCGGGGCAGAACCUCUCCACGAUCAAGUCCCUGCGCGUGCUGCGCGUCCUGCGACCGCUCAAGACCAUCAAGCGGGUGCCCAAGCUCAAGGCCGUGUUCGACUGCGUCGUCAACUCCCUCAAGAACGUCAUCAACAUCCUCAUCGUGUACAUCCUCUUCCAGUUCAUCUUCGCCGUCAUCGCGGUCCAGCUCUUCAACGGCAAGUUCUUCUACUGCACCGACGAGAGCAAGUUCACCGAGAACGAGUGCAAGGGCUACUACUUCGUGUUCGAGGAGGGGGACGUGCCAGAGGCGCGCGAGCGCAAGUGGAACACGCAGAGCUUCCACUACAACAACGUCAUGGCCGCCAUGCUGACUUUGUUUGCUGUGCAAACGGGAGAGGGCUGGCCACAGGUGCUGCAGAACUCGAUGGCCACGACGCAGGACAAGCAGGGCCCCAUCCAGAACUACCGCAUCGAGAUGUCCAUCUUCUACAUCGUGUACUUCGUGGUGUUCCCGUUCUUCUUCGUCAACAUCUUCGUAGCGCUGAUCAUCAUCACCUUCCAGGAGCAGGGCGAGGCGGAGCUGCAGGACGGCGAGAUCGACAAGAACCAGAAAUCCUGCAUCGACUUCACGAUAGGCGCCAAGCCGCUGGAGAGGUACAUGCCCAACAAGCCCAACAGCUUCAAGUACAAGGUGUGGCGCGUCGUCGUCUCCACGCCCUUCGAGUACUUCAUCAUGAUGCUCAUCGUCUUCAACACCUUCCUGCUCAUGAUGAAGUACGACAAGCAAAGCAAUUUGUACAAGAACACGCUUGGCUACAUGAACAUCGGAUUCACCAGCAUGUUUAUGGUCGAGUGUGUCAUGAAGAUCGUGGCUUUCGGAGUGCGGAACUUCUUCAAAGACCCGUGGAACACCUUCGACUUCAUCACGGUCAUCGGGAGCAUCAUAGAUGCUCUGGUCAUAGAGCUAGGGAAAUUAGCAAAAGACACUGAACAGGAAAAUUUCAUCAACGUGGGCUUCUUGAGACUGUUUCGUGCCGCUCGACUCAUUAAGCUAUUGCGCCAAGGCUACACCAUCCGCAUCCUGCUGUGGACCUUCGUGCAGUCGUUCAAGGCCCUGCCGUACGUGUGCCUGCUCAUCGCCAUGUUGUUCUUCAUAUACGCCAUCAUCGGCAUGCAGGUGUUUGGUAACAUUCAGCUGGACCCCGAGACGGCCAUCUCGAGACACAACAACUUCCGCAGCUUUGUCCAGGGUCUCAUGCUGCUGUUCAGGUGUGCGACGGGGGAGGCGUGGCCCAACAUCAUGUUGGCGUGCGUGGCCAACCAGCCGUGCGACCCGCUGUCCAACAAGAAGGGCAACGAGUGCGGAUCCAAUCUGGCCUACGCCUACUUCGUCUCCUUCAUCUUCUUCUGUUCCUUCCUGAUGCUGAACCUGUUCGUGGCCGUCAUCAUGGACAACUUCGACUACCUGACGCGGGACUCGUCCAUCCUGGGCGCCCACCACCUGGACGAGUUCGUCAGGAUCUGGGCCGAGUACGACCCGAACGCUACGGGCAAGAUCCUGUGCUCGGAGAUGUACGACAUGCUGAAGAACAUGGACCCGCCGCUGGGCUUCGGGAACAAGUGCCCCAACCGGCUGGCCUACAAGAAGCUCAUCCGCAUGAACAUGCCCCUGGACGAGGACGGCAAGGUCAACUUCACCACCACGCUGUUCGCGCUCAUCCGCGAGAACCUCAGCAUCAAAGUGCGCGCAGCUGAUGAGAUGGAUCAGGCAGACAACGAGCUUCGUGAGACCAUCCGGAACAUCUGGCCGAUACAAGCGAAGAAGAUGCUGGACUUGCUCAUACCUCGCAGGGAACAGGUGUCGGGCAAGCUGACGGUCGGCAAGAUCUACGCGGGGCUGCUGAUCCUGGAGAACUGGCGCAGCACCAGGUUCGGCCAGAUCGAGCCCACGGGGCAGCAGUCGUCGUUUUUUAACUGCCUGUUGAACAUGGCGGACCAAUGGACGGGCAACUCGCGCACGGGCAGCCUGGAGCCGGAGGUCUCUGAGGAGGUGGGCCUGCUGAGCCGUCGCAACACGCACCGCCGGAGCUACAGGGCGACCAAGAAGGUGCUGGAGAUGCAGGACGGGGCGGGCGGCUCGCGACGGGCCUCGCUGGAGUCCCUGGCCGACCAGCAGCACCUGCACGCGACCCCCGGGUACCCGCCGCCCGCCGCGCGGCCGCGCUCCCGCUCCCCCAGCCCCAGGCGAGCCCGCUCCCCCGUGCCGGCACGGCGCAGUCCCUCCCCGCGCAAGCACGCCCGCCACCCCGCCCACCACCACCACCACGACUACGGCUUCAGCGACACCGUCUCCAACGUGGUGGAGAUCGUGAAGCACGAGCACGGCAUUCACCCCCGGCGCAGCGGACGCGUCAGAGGAUCGUGGUCUGCCUCGACGAGCCCCGCGCGCUCGCCCAGCCCCGCGCGCGGCCGCCACCGCGCCGCGCGCUACGGCACCACCAGCCUGGAGCAGCGGUCGCGCUCGCCCUCGCCGCUGGGGGGCCGCGCCAGGCCGGCGGCCGUGCCGGCGCCGCACCAGCACAGCUACCCGGUGCUGGUGGCGCGGCGGGGACACGGCCGGCGCCUGCCCCCCACACCCAGCAAGCCCUCCACGCUGCAGCUGCGGCCAGCGUCCAUCAACUUCCCCAGGCUGAACGCUUCCCCCACGCGCUGCCCGGCCGCGCCCGGCCCCCCGUGCCCCCUUAGCUUCGAGCAGGCGGUGGCCAUCGGGCGCGGCGGCCGCCUGCUGCCCUCGCCCGUCCCCAACGGCUACAAGCCGGGCCAGCAGCGCCGCGCGCGCCACUCCGACUCCGACGACGACGACUGGUGCUAGCCCCUCCUGGCCGCCCCCGAGCCGGCCCAGCCUCGGGACCGUGGGAUAACCUACAAACUGCUCCCUGACAACUCUUAAUUGCCUGUAACCUUUAUUCCUCGUGAGAUGAAUCGUCACAGCCCCGUAGACGCAGGAUGCUCGCUCGGGGCGGUGUCCUUUCAGCUUCGUGCCGGGCGUGUGGACGAUUGCGUGCGGUCUCCGGGGGCAGUCUGCUCUUGUCGGCUCGUGGCUUACCGCGGACCCUCGGUCAGUGUCCGGCCGGCCGAUCGCGGCUCAGCUUUAAUGACGAGUGUACGUGCAACUCACGGAUUCUCGCUCGACGAGAAAUUAAAUUACUGCCAACUUUUUGAAGCAAGAAUGCUGAAUGUGAAUUUAAAAAUAAAAAUAAAAAAAACAAUUUGUCCAAAAACAACUGAAGAAAACUUUUUCCAACCAGUAAACAUUUUUAAAGAAUUUUGAUCUACGCAAUCUCUUAACUUCCCCCUCAAGUGCUUUACAAUGUGAUUGUGUUUGGUUUAUUGAAAAAAAAGUUACAUUUACGUUUUUUCUGUGAUAUAAAUAAAAAUGUAAAAGUUGUAGCAAGACUUGCGGUUUAAAAAAGUUAUGCGAAGUUGUAAACAUUGAAAUCUUAUUGGUGCUCAGUUAUGCCAAUCGACAAGUAAGAAUAAUAAUAAUAAUAAUUAAAAUACGUCAUCAUCGCGUGUAGUUGACUUUUUUUGAGCAGUAGAGAUUACUUGCCAACUGUAAACACUGGACUGAAGGAAGGGUGGUCAGUUGAGAGCGGGCGCCGUGGAAGGGCCUAAGACGUUGCCCAGUCGGGGCAAGAGGAUCGGAACUGUGAGGAACACGGGAUCGGGACAUCGCGAGUGUGACCGUGGCGACGGAGAUGUUCAGAGAACUGUGGGUAUUGCUUCAGAUGUACAGUGUAAUUAAACGGAGCCGAAUCAUAUUUCUAUCCAAGUGUUCUGUUUUCUCAGAGGGGUACACUUAUUGCUGUUUAGCUAUAUUUUGGGUUCAUUAAAACACACUUUUUCACUCUCAUUAUGAUUACAAAAAAAACGUGUGUGACAAAGUUGCCUUAACAAUAUGAAUUGAUUGUGUGUUUAUUAAUUUCCAAGUUGGUACAGAAUCAAAAAAAGUUUUAUAUAUCGCUAAUUACUGUGUGGACGUUGUCUGUGGCAUGAGGCGUGUGUGCGUGGGUGCGAGUGUGUGUGCGUGAUGUUUCAGACAUAUUAUAUCCCUCCUCGUCUGCAUGCACAGAAUUAAUUGGUUUUGAAAUAAUAAAAAAAUUACUUAUGCUUCAGAUAUAUCAAAGUGAGCAGGUUACGGGGGGAAAAAAAUGCUGUUCAAGACUCCGUGCCAUACUUAGCAUUACUCAGUUACACCUGUGAGGUUUUGUAACCGUUACUACAGCUUUUGGAAACAGCAGUCUCGAAAAUUAUGUUGUAAGCAUUUACUUUUUCAAAGGAAAGUUAGGUGCAAAAAUUUAGCCAGUCGCUCUGUCAUAUUUUACUGUUGAUUUGAUGAGAGCAAAAUUAUGCCCAAAGGUAUGCAAAUCUUUUUUAAUGGUGAAAAAUUAAUGCAGCCACUAAAUGUGCAUGCCAAGAUUCAUUCUCCCUGUCAUACUACUUAUUCUGUACAUAUAGUCACAAUUUUCUAUAAAUAAUAAUCAUAACAUUUAUUACAAAGUUUCACUGCGACUUAACUUUGGGGAGACAAGUGCGUAGGCCGAAUCCUAAUAAUUAUGCGACAAAAAUUUAUUUAAUGGAUUCAAUAAUGGAAAUACCAUUUUACUAAAACUAGUUUACGAGUGAAAACUCAGACCUUUUCUCCUAUAGUUCAUAAACUCUAGUCCAUUUGAAAUGGGUUGUCAUAGCAUUUAUUUCUGUAUCUCACAUAAUGAUUAUUUCCAGACUCUUUAAACUAUUUUUAUUCAAGGUAUGGAAAUUAGGAAAGCAAUAAGUUAAGAAAUCUUUACACUAUACUGCAUAAUUCCUGAAGGAAUUCAGUUGUACCUGACGCAUAUUGUUUACUUUCCACACAAAAAUUGCCAUGCACCCAAUUCAUCAAAACUUUAUAAUUUCAAAAAGAGGUUGUUUCUAGGAACGUGAUUGUUAGAUUACUCUGUGAUGAAUAAAGUCUAAGGAAAAAUUUAUGAGAAAUUCACUUAAAAUUAAUUAUACCUUUUCUGGUUUAUUUUACAUAUUAAAUGAACAAAUAUAUUGUAAAUGAAAAUAUAAAAAUGAAAUUCUAAAAUGGUAAAAUGUUCAUACUAAAAGAUUGGAAUUGCCACAUACCUGCAUACAUGUAUCUACAACUAUGUGAAUAGCUUUUUUUCAAGAAUUUGGUGGAUCUUUUGAAGGGAAAUGUUUCUUGUGGCAACACAUUCACUUCGCCGGAGAAAAAGCGAUCUCAGCUAUUUUUGGUUGCAUGAAGUGUCACGUCUGCACCGGCACAAGUUGUCGACAGUCCACAAACCAAAUACCUUUAUGAUAAUAUAUUUAAAAAAUUGUUACGUGAUAUUGUAUAUUACAUUACGGAGGACUGUCAGCAUGUGUUGCACCAAUUCCUUUGAACUAAUGUUAUCAAAUGUAUAUUAAAAUACUAUAUUUAUACAUAACAAAUGUACACUAGAAACAUGGAAUGGAUUCUGCUCUUGAUUACUGCAGUGACUUUUUUUGUACGAUAGCGUGACUUAAUGUACAGUGAUUUGAUUUUUUUGUGUUAAUUUGUCUCCCUGAAAUAUUUUCCAUUUGCGUGUCACCUAACCUGUAAGUGUAGAUGUUCUCGUAGGCUCGCGACACUUCUCUGUUCCGUGUUUCUGGACUAUAUACAUGAAGUUUAGCAAUGCAUUUACAAUAAAUUUUAUGGAUCAUAUUUUAUCUACUACAUUGUUCUGUUUUGCUCUGUAGAUAGUUUCAGUUGGUGUUAUAAGUUUUGAUGAUUAGCAAUUUCAAACUUUUUUUACACAUUUAGAACCUUUGUAAUGUGUUGCGACGUCAUGUCUUGAGUUUUUUUAUGAGUGCUCGUGUUAAUCAAAUCAAAUAAAAAACAAGUACUUAUUAUGCAGAUUAAACUGGAGCAGUUGCAUAUCUUUACUCCACUUCUGUAAUUUAAUUUUUGGAUGCGUGUAAUUCCUUUAUUCUUUUAUUUUAUUAAUAAUUAUGCAUUUUUAAAUGUUGAAAGCCAAUUGACUGUCUGCAGAGCAAAAUAUAUAUUUUGAAAAUCUCAAAAAAAAAGUUUAAAGUGGCUGACUUGGUAUUUUACAGUUUAUCAUACAGUUACAUGAUCAUGGUUGUGUUAAAUAUUAAAUAUUUAUUUUGAACAAAACUCUCUUGAAAAGAGGUUUUCUGUUUUUCCCUUCAUAUAGUAUUUACAUAUUUUAGUGUUAUGUCGCUUGAAAAGCCCCAAUUUCAGAAAAUAAAAGUUACUAAUAUACUUAAAAA